CUUUCACAAAUUCAUUAUCUUUUAUCUUAAUCACUAAUUUCUAUUAUUUACUUUUUUUUUUCUUAUUUUGCCUCUAAUUAUCAAAAAGCAAAAAAUGUUAAUUCAAAGAUAACAAAUUUUUAUAUUAGACAAUCUCUCUAUGACACGCUUAUUAUGCAUAGGCUAAAUGGUUCAACUAGUACCGCAUAUGAAUUUUUUAUUUUAAGAUGGUAGCUUUUGAGAGAUAUAGAUGACUAAUAAAAAGCGUUAAACUUGGAGACCAAAAAUCCAUAACCAUUCCUACCCAAAUAUUCAUCACCAUUCCUCUGAACUCUAAUCCUCUCAUUCUCAAUCUCACUUCACUGAAACUGAAAAACACCAUUAAAAAACUUAGAGGAUGAGAAUAUUAUCCUCUGUUUCAAAGCCAUUAUCAAGUCCUGGUAGAACUGAUAAAUUCCCACCUCCAUUAAUGAGGUUUCUCAAAUCCAACAUAGGAAGUAGAAGUAGAGGAAGAAAACCAAAAUCAAAAUCAAAAUCAUUAUUUUUAAGAAGAAAAAAACCGUCUUCAUCCGCCAUUGAAACUACUCAAGAACCUUCUUCUCCUAAAGUUACAUGCAUUGGUCAAGUUCGAGUCAAACGCUCUAAAUCCAAAUCUACAAAUAAAUCCAGUUUUUGUUGUUUUUGUUUUCAAAAAUCCUCUUUCUGUAACCCUAAUUUUAGGAAAUGGAUUUUGUUUUUUAAUUGUAGAAGUAUUAAAGUUCGUACUGAUUCUUCGAAGUUUAGUUCCAAUCGAUUCGAACAACAACAAGAAGAUACAGAAGUAGAGGGAGAACGACGAGUAUCGGUUUCGAUCGAAAACACCUCAAUGCCGCCGAGAAAUGCAUUGUUAUUAACACGGUCUUGUUCAAAUCGAUUCCAACAACAACAAGAAGAUACAAGUGAGGACAGAGAAAAAUGUACAGCAACAAUGGCGACGACGGCAACACCGAAGAAUGCAUUGUUGUUAACACGGUGUUGUUCAAAUCGAUUCGAACAACAACAAGAAGAAACAGAGGAUAGAGAAUCAGGAGAGAAGAGAGAAAAACCGAUAUCAACGACGACAGCAACACCGAAGAAUCCAGUGCUACUAACACGGUGUUGUUCAAAUCGAUUCGAACAACAAGAAGAAACAGAAGAUGAAGAAACAGCGGAGGACAGAGAAAAACGGAUAGAAACAACGAUAACGACGAUGACAGAAACACCGAAGAAUGCAUUGUUGUUAAGUCGGUGUUGUUCAAAUCGUUUCGAACAACAGGAAGAAGAAACAGGGGAGGUGAGAGAAAGACGAGAAUCGGUUUCAACAACGACAAUGGCGACAGUAACACCGAACAAUGCAUUAUUAUUAACGCGCUGUAGAUCUGCACCAUACAGAUCCUCUUCAUUAGCAUGUCAAUUCUGGGGUUUAACAGAAACAGAAGAAAAUGCACAGAAAACAGAGGAAGAAAGAAACAGAGUAUCGGGAAUAGAGAACAGAGAUUCCGCAUCAAAAUCGAGGGGAGAUCAAGACAGUAAACAAAUUAGUAUCAAUAAUUAUAAUAUUAAUAAUAAUAUUGUUUCUGAUUAUGAUGACCUUGAAAGUUGUGCAGAAGUUGAAGUAAAUGAUAAAAAAACAGAGGUAUUUGAAGAUGAUAAAAAUGGUGAUUUUGAGAAGCCAUUGAUGAUGCUUAGAAGAGCAAAUCAGAAUCAGUAAGAAGAGAUUUAGAGAAGAUUGAUCCAUAAAUUAGUGAGUUUUGGAGAUUAAGAAGGUUGGGUAAUACUCAAUCUAGUACACCAGAUUCACAUGCACUUCAUUCAUGAAAUUUGAAUCUUUUUUUUUUUUUUUUUUUUUUUUUUUUUUUGUAUUUUAGACUUCGGAUACUUGUUUUAAAUUAUUAGAUUAGAUACACCCUUUUAUUUACUGUAAAUUAUUUUUUAUCCUUUUAUUUAUUGUAAAUUAUUUUUUAUCCUUUUAUUUAUAUUUGAAAUUUUUGAUUGAUAUGUAUGUGAGAAAGACAUUUGCUCUA